AUGAAAAUAGAUGAUUAUAGGGAUGGGGUUGUAUUUAUAAAGAUGGAUAGAAAGAGGGAAGGGUGGGAAGAGGAUGGGGGGGGGGAAUUAUGUUGGUUGGGGGGGUUGGGGUGGUUUUUUGGUUGGGGGGUUGAAUGGGAUGAAGGGGUGGAGUUUGUUGUUAGGGGUGUUUUGGUGGUGGUUUGGUGGGGGUUUUUUGGGGUUGUUUUUUUGGUUGGGUUUGUGGGUAGAGGAGUGGUUGUUGUUUGGUUGUUUGGUUUUUUUGGUUUGGGGAGGAGUUGUGUUGGUAUGGGGUUAGGGGGUGGGGGUGGGGUGGGGGGUUUUUUUUUUUUGGGGGGGGGGGGGGAUAUUUUGGGGUUUUUUUGUUUUUUUGUGGGGGUAUUGGGGAUGUGGUGUUUUGAGUGUUGGGGGUGUUGGUUGUGGUUGGGUUUGUUUGGGAGGGGGGAAAGGAUGAGAUUUUUUGGGUUUUUGGUUGAAGAAAGAGUGUAUGUAAAAAGGUGUGGAUGUGAGGAUGAUGGUUGGUGGGGGGGGGAGUGGGGGGUUGGGUUUUUGGUUGAUGUGGAGGGGUGUGGGGAUUUUGUGUGUGGGGGGAUGGGAUUUUUGAAGGAUGUUUUAGAGAAGUGUGGGUGGGGGGUGGUUGGUUGGGGGGGGGGGGGGAUUGGGGGGUUGUUUUUUUGGGUUGUUUUUGUGGGGUUUUUUUUGGGUUGUGUUGUGGGGGGUGUGGGGUGGUGUUUGGGGGUGGUUGGGGGUUGGGGGGGGGGGUUGUGGGGUGGUUUUUUGGUUUUGGUUGGUUUUGGUUGUGUUUUGGUGUGUUGGGGGUUGGUUGUGUUGGUUUGGGGUGUGUUGUUUUUGUGGUGUUUUGGGUUUUUGGGGGGUGUUUGUGGGUUGGGUGUUUUGGGGGUGUUGGGUGUUUGUGUGGGGUUUUUGUGA